UCUCGACUCCCGCUGCACUGCUGCCAAUAGUGCGCUGUGGCUAGAAUUUCUUUGGACUCUUGCUGGUCUGGCUUGGUUUUGGUGUAUGGUACUGCUACUGGGUACCGCACUAUGGGCCUCAGCCUUACUUCGUACCUUGACCAGCACAUGCAGGUCGCCAAUCCCAGUAGAACGACCUGUUUGCUAUCAUUGCUAAUUUCCGCCGCCUACGCCCACAAGUAGACGACUCGUCAAACAUACAGUACAACUUUGGAGGGAACCAAAAAAAAAAUCAUUGCUACAGAGAAUGUGCCGUUGUUCUACCCAACUCGAAUCUGGCAUCCCGCGGCGAACGUCACUGCUCCGAAUCAGAUAUACGGUACACCCUCCAUUGGCGGUCAAUCGUCGACAGCUGUGAAUCUUGAGCCGGUCACUACCUGGGAGCAUUGCCUAUAAGACCUAGGUCACAACCAACCUGGCCGCAGUAAUCCUUAGCCCCGCGAACCGCGACGUGAAACGACCAACGACCACCUCGAUGGUUGGGAUGUGAGCUUUUCCCGGGCUCCAAAGCAGAGCAACAUCAUCAGCAACCGCCAACUUCUGCCCCACCGCUACGAGUUUCCGAAGCCUCGAGACGUGAAGGGGCCAUGGUCUCUCACGCUCCUUCGGAACGCCAACACAAUGGCAGAUCGGGCAGUCGUAGCAACAGUGGUAGUGGCAAUGGGCAGAAUGGAAACGGGAAUGGGAAUGGUCAUGGCAAGGCCGAGCGAACACCAGGUACACCAAGGAGAGAUGCGGGACCAGUCAAGGAAAAAGCCGUCCAAGAUCCUGGCCUCAAGGACUAUGUGAGUUCUUCCUCGACAAAUUUGCUAGUCAUAUAGGCUUACUGUUGCAUUCAGCGUCUAGGAGAAUGUCUGGGAAAGGGUGCCUUUGGCUCCGUCUACAAGGCUUUCAAUUGGGGCACGGGGGAAGCUGUGGCGGUAAAGCAGAUUAAGCUAGGAGAUCUCCCAAGAAGUGAACUGCGGAUGAUCGAGGUACACAAACUCCUUUGUUUUGCUACAGAAGGGGCUGACGUGACGGCAUAGGCAGAAAUAGACCUACUGAAGAACCUCAAUGUAAGUUGAAACUCAAAAAGAAAUGAUAUGGUGCUUUACUGACAGCUGGUAGCAUGACAAUAUCGUUAAAUACCUGGGCUUCGUCAAGUCUUCGGACUGUCUCAAUAUCAUUCUUGAGUAAGACUCUCUAGAGGAGACUGCCAUGAAUUGCCCACUAAUUCUUCCCAGGUAUUGUGAAAACGGGUCUCUACAUUCAAUAUGUAAAAGUUACGGUAAAUUCCCAGAAAACCUUGUCGGGGUUUAUAUGGGUCAAAUCUUACUCGGACUUCAAUAUCUUCACGAUCAAGGUGUUAUACAUCGUGACAUCAAGGGGGCAAACAUUCUUACAACUAAGGACGGCAAAGUCAAACUCGCAGAUUUUGGAGUAUCGACAAGCACGUUAGCCGGCGCGGACAAGGAAGCACAGGUUGUAGGAACACCUUACUGGAUGGCUCCUGAGAUCAUACAACUCUCUGGUGCUACUCCUGCUUCUGAUAUUUGGAGUCUGGGAUGCACUGUUAUUGAGUUGCUGGAAGGAAAACCUCCCUACCAUAAACUGGCUCCCAUGCCAGCACUAUUUGCCAUUGUCAAUGACGACCAUCCACCGUUGCCAGAAGGCGUCUCACCUGUGAGUCUACCCAUUUUCUCUCGUCCAGUUGAUUGCAAUACUCUGACUCCAGCUAGGCUGCUCGGGACUUCCUCAUGCAGUGUUUCCAGAAGGACCCUAACCUCAGAGUUUCGGCCCGCAAAUUGCUUAAACAUGCAUGGAUUAUGGGAUCUCGACGGACAGAUGCUCCAGUAGCAAAGCCGCCUGCAAAUUUCAACGAGGCCGUAGAAGAGGUUAAGCAAUGGAACGAAGCUUUGAGAUCACCUCCUGGACCUGGCUCGUUUCGCACUUCGGCCAGGUCAUCUAUGGCUAGCCCACUGCCGCCUCGUAGGGACCCGCCUCUUCGAAGUGUUCAGGUUAACGACCAACACCAUCCUGGUCUAAUAACUCCAGUUAAAGGCCCGCUUUCUUUAGCAAAGCCGAAGCAAUCAGCAGAAGCAUUUCGAUCACCUGAGACAACUUGUAUGUCAUAAUUUCAACAAUUUCUCUUACCCUCACUAACCACUGGCGGAGUAGCUGACGAUAACUGGGAUGAUGACUUUGCUUCUUCGAUAUCACCAAGCGCCCUCCAUCUCCCUCAAUUCAAACCACAUGAUAACUUUGGCGGAAAGCUUUCUUCUGAUCGCUUGAAAGCAUAUGCUUCUUAUGAUAAUUCAAAUGACGAGAAUGACAACUGGGACAGCAAUUUUGAGGGCGAUCUGGUAACUAUUAGAGGACCACAUAAACCGAUGGAUAUUGAUACUCACGAGCUUGAAACCAUUCGUCCAUACCGGAUUAAGCCUACAGUAAUCACGCAAGAUUCUAAGCCUGCCGUUGCUCCAAAAAGUAUAUCAAGAAAAGCCUCGGCUAGCAUGCCACCACCGAGACCAAAAUCCCCAAUCAAGGCCCACGCCGAAAAUAAGUUUGCUCUUCCUCACAAGCCGCCCGCUCUUCUCUAUAAAGAACCCCCCCCAUUGGAUGAUUACUCGGAUAUAUUUGUAGAAACCGAUAGCGUAUUUAACCGACGAUUGAGUAUCAUUAAGGUUGGUUUGGAUUCCAAGUCGGUUGAUAUCGUAGCUAAUCUUCUAAUCAAGGGCGAUGCUCUGUCACCGAAACUCUUUCAUCCUUCAGAUCUCACGAGUUUGCCACGUUCUGCUCACUCGCCUGUGAGCAACGUUCAUUCAAGCACCAGGGGGGCUUUGGCUCCUCGAGAGGAUCCUACCAUGCGUCGUACUAAAUCAUCAGUAGAAAUACAACGAUACGCCGAAGACGAAGACGAUGAAGAUUUCUCUGACAUAUUCGGUCAAGGAGAUCCUAUCGUCGAAAAGGAUGAAAGCGACCGGGGAUCUGAAGAUGGUGUUGGAACCCUCAUGCUACACUCGAAACUUUCAAACAAGUCUUGGCUUGGUGACGAAGAUGACGAGGAUGACCCCUUCGCUUCAUUAGAACAAGGAUUUGAUGAAAUGGACCUGCAAGCUAACAUAGCCCGUGAUAAGCAUGCAAGACUCUGUACUCUGAUUGAGGGGCUUGUCAGCUCCCUGAAAGUGACUGAGGAUCCAGAUAUCCUCUCGGAACUCUCAGAGCAACUUCUUGAUGUUCUCUACGAGUCGGUGGAUGCGAAAAACAUUAUAAUAAGUGCCCAUGGCAUGCUUCCUAUACUGGAAAUCUUGGAACCUUGUACACUCAAAAGCCGCCAAAGCAUGAUUCUACGUCUGCUAAAAGUGGUGAACAGUAUCAUUUUAGAUGAUGUUGAAAUUCAAGAAAAUCUUUGUUUCGUAGGUGGGAUACCCAUUAUCACCAAAUUUGCUGCUAGGCAAUACUCGACCGAGAUCAGGCUUGAAGCAGCUGCAUUUGUGCGACAGAUGUAUCAAACGUCAACUUUGACCCUUCAGAUGUUCGUGAGUGCGGGUGGAUUGAAUGUCCUCGUCGAAUUUUUGGAUGAAGAUUAUGAUGAAUCGAAAGACUUGGUGUUAAUUGGGGUCAAUGGCGUUUGGAGUGUAUUUGAGCUUCAGGUAUUUGUUAUAUAUUUUUGUAGUAUCUUUCAUUGUUUGCUCACCAUUUUUAGGGUCCUACUCCCAAGAACGAUUUCUGUCGUAUAUUCUCUAGAAGCAAAAUUCUUUCGCCCCUUGCCUUGGUUCUUGACCGGGUUCUUGAUGAAGAUGAUGGGCUCUCCGAACUUAUCGAGGGACGCAUCGUCAAUAUUUUCUACCUAUUUUCGCAGGCAGAAAAUUACGUCAAAGAAGUUGUUGCCGACCGUGUUGUCCUCAAACGUAGGCAUCCCCCCCCCCUUCCUUUGUAACUUUCUAAUCCCGUCUAGGUGUCCUCAAAGAUCUCUGUCGAAUGACACCUGCACAUCAGAUCACCAUGUUGAAGUUUAUCAAAAACCUAUCAAUGUUGUCAACCACACUAGACAGCCUUCAUGCUGCAAACGCAAUUGAAUUACUUAUCGACUUAUUGAGCGCUAGCAUGAAGAAGGCCACCGUCCACUUCCGCGAAAUAUCUAAUCAAGUGUUGAAUACUAUGUAUAAUCUCUGUCGCUUGAGCAAGGCGAGGCAGGAAGACGCCGCAAUGAAUGGUAUCAUUCCAUUACUACAAAAGAUUAUGAAGACAAAACGGCCACCGAAGGAGUUUGCUCUUCCGAUACUAUGCGAUAUGGCGCACUCUGGUAAGCUUGGUAGAAAGUAUCUGUGGCAAAACAAGGGGCUACAGUUCUAUGUCUCUCUCCUGGAAGAUCAGUAUUGGCAGGUGACUGCUCUAGAUGCUAUAUUUAUAUGGUGGGUUAUUCCAGUAAUUUUUGAAGACGUCUGCUAACAGUAUUCACUAGGCUUCAAGAGGAGACUGCAAGAAUUGAGAAAUCAUUACUCGAAGGCAAUUUUAUAGAAGCUAUUGUCCAAUGCUUCAACGCACCAAAAGCAAGCUCCUUUGAUUACAAUCUUCUUGAGCCUUUGCAAAAGCUCUUGAGAUUAAGUUCACCAGUCGCGGUCUCACUCGCACGUUUCGAUCUCUUCUCCGGGAUUCUCCAAAAGUUGAACCACAAGAAGGCAGUGGUUAGAUUGAACCUUCUGCGAAUCGUUCGCAGCAUAUGUGAUCCAAGUGACACUAGGUCGCAGAGCAUGCGGCGCCACCAACUAUUUGAGGCUAUCGAACAUCUAGCUGACAGCGACUCGGCUGUACUCGUGAGGAAUAUGGCAAGCGAUCUUGUCAGACUUACUCUCGAAAAAGAUCAGGAGAGCCAUAGUGCGUCUCGGCCUCGAUCGGGACCAGGUUCGCGGCGAACAAACUCUUACACUCCUCCAUCGUUGCAACAGAGUGUAUCAACACCGAUGACACCAACUCACGCAAGUCGGGGAUCUCAAUCAUCCUUCGUUGAUGGCAGUAUCACACCAAGAAGAGUCGCAGCAACUUCUAGUGGCGAUGCCAUGUUAUAUCGACCAAGGAGUAGAGAAGGCCUUACUACUCCUCAAAUACCGAGAAGGGGAAGCGCUGAUAUUGUGGGAGGUUCUUCGUCAACGAGCAAAAGUCGAUUGCCACGCACGUCAAUGCUUCGAACUUCGCGGUCUUCUAUCAGUACACCUACGAAUAGAGACGAGCCUUCUUCGUCGUCGAGAAGAGAUAAUGCGGACCGAUUAGGAGAGCAUUCGCGGGAAAACUCACGGGAGCAUCAGCGAGAUCCAACACGUCCAGCAACAGCGGGACCUCAAUUGAAUUCCAAAAGAAAGGGACGACAAACCAGUGGGGACAUCAAAUGGUCAUGAGGAACGGGGGGAAGGGAAGGUGAGCAUUACAAAAGGGUUCUCUAUCAGAAACAACAAUGAAUAUUUCCAAAGAGGAAUGUGAAAAGGGGAUUGGAUUAUAAGGAGUCUUUGUUUGGUCUCGCAUAUAUGGAGACGAUUCGAUGAUCCUUCAUGCAUUCGGAAAUGGAGUUACACGGUACGGGGUUUAUUUUGUUUGUUUGAGUUUGGUGCAUAGCUUGCGUGGAAAUAGGGGUUUUUACCUUUGUGAAUAUUGAUAUGGUAGAGGUGAGGCUCGAGCAUUACGAACUGUUAAUUAUGAAAUCAAGAUGGCGGUAACAAACCUGCCAGGUUGGGUUACAGAUAUGAAUAUUUGGAUUCUUCAUCCUCCCAGAUUUCCUGAGCUACGCGAUGUGAUUUUGCUUGUAUGGGUGAUAGGUCGCGUGCCUUCUUUUCUCCUCUG